AUGAGAAAUACUGCAAGAAUACAAGGGACUACAGUUAGCCCUGCGAAUAACGACUUUCCAACUCCCAUAAUAUGCGGGCAUGCACCAGAGCCUGCGACCAUUUCGGAGAGUAUAUUCGCAUUCGCACGUACGCACUAUAAAACUGGGAUUUUCUUUGGGCUAGUUUUUUCCCUUUUACUCCUGAUGAUUUUAUACGUACUAAGGCAAAGAAGGAAGGUCUCACCCCAAAGGAAAAGCGAUGAAGAGGCUGGAGUCGGCCUUGUUAAGCCAGGAAAAGUCUCCAACCGAGCAGGAGAAGUUAUAGCUUACAACAAAUCGCCAGACAUUUAG